AUGCAGCCUCUGCAUACUGUCCCAGACCAACAGGUGACCCCAGCUGUAACCCAGGCUGUGACUUCUAAUACAGGCACAUCUGUGAAGGGUUUGGUUUCGAUGUUCAGUAACGUUGGUCCAACUACUACUCCAGCAAGUGCGGAACAGUCGUCCACUGCCUUUACUCCUACAGAGCCUGUGCCGAGUCCACAAUACGCUGCUUCACCUCCCGUGGUGUUUCCAACACCUGCACCUCUUCCAAAUCAAGUACAUACAAUGGAGUCCACAAGACAAAUUCCAAGUCCAAGAUAUACCACUCCUCCUCCCAUGGUGUUUGCUCCACCCACAAGUGCAGAACAUGUGGUGGAGCCUUCUAGAACAUUACCUCCUGUUGGACCUCCUCCAAGUCCAAGGCAUACUACCCCACCUCCCAUGGUAUUUCCAGCAACUACCCCACUUCCAGGUCCAGGAUAUUCUGCCACACCUCCUAUGGUGUUUCCACUACCCUCAUCUUUGCCAAGUAAAGGACAUAUGGUGGAGUCCUCUAAAGCAUUUACUUCUGUUGAGAUUCCUUCAACACCAAGAUAUACUACUCCACCGCCCAUGGUAUUUCCAGAAGCUGCACCUCUUCCAAGUCCAAGAUAUACUACCCCACCUUCAAUGGUAUUUCCAGAAGCUGCACCCCUUCAAAGUCCAGGAUAUACUACCCCACCCUCAAUGGUAUUUCCAGAAGCUGCACCUCCUCCAAGUCCAAGAUAUACUACCCCACCUUCAAUGGUAUUUCCAGAAGCUGCACCCCUUCAAAGUCCAGGAUAUACUACCCCAGCCUCAAUGGUAUUUCCAGAGGCUGCACCUCUUCCAAGUCCAAGAUAUACCACCCCACCUUCAAUGGUAUUUCCAGAGGCUGCACCUCUUCCAAGUCCAAGAUAUACUACCCCAUCUUCCAUGGUGUUUCAAGAAACUACACCUUGUCCUAGUCCAAGAUAUACCACCCCACCUCCCAUGGUAUUUUCAGAAGCUCCACUCCAUUCAAGUUCAGGAUAUACUGCCCCACCUUCUAUGGAAUAUCCACCACCAUCAGGUUUUUCAGGUGCAGGACAUACAGUGGAGCCUUUUAAAGCAUAUCCUCCUGUUGAACCUCCUCCAAGUCAGGUUGCACCUCUUCCUAUGCAGAGUUUUCAGGUUUCACCUAUUCAACAACCAGAUUACUCUGCUCCACCUCCCACGGUUUAUACAGCAGUUUCAAGUGAUUCACAGCAAGGACAAUAUAAGUCAGAACCAUCUCCUCAAGCAUCUCAGCACCCGACCUCAUCACUAAGUGGGUAUAUUUCUCAGGCACCUAGCAUCAUUAUAACACAGGCAGAGCUGGAAUCUGAAGAACCGUCUGAGCUAACUUUCUCCCAGCCUGAGAUUCCUGAAAAAGAGGUCUCACAGGAGAGCUCAGUGAGCCCUGAUGCCUCUCCAAAGCUGUCUUCAUGUACAGUUACCACAGACACAACACUGAAUGACUUGACUUCGGUAGUAACAGUCACUAACAUUCAAUCAGAACAAAUAUUAACAACUUCUAGCAAAACUGAUGAGCAGCAGCCCUCUAUAGCAGCUGCAACUCAUACUACAGAACCUGCUCCAAACACAGAUGUGUCUAAAGACAAGAGUGUUGAAUCAGAGGUGUAUCAGCCAAAACAACCCAGUGUUGAUAUUGUUGCACCUGAAAUGUUGGUGCUUGAGGAUGUGCCAUCUUUUGCGACAGUUUCGCCAACUGAACUGAAUGAGAAAACUUCAGGCUUUUCUGGGUGGGGGCCUAGAAAGAUGUUAAUUCCUCAGAUUAUUCUUUCGGAAGCAAGUAGUCCAGAGGAUGAAUGUCCUAGUGAGGAAGAGAUGACACCAGUGUGUGAGUCUAAUGAACCAAAGAUUGAUGAUUCUUCUGUGUCUUCUGAGGAAAUAAUAAAGACCAUCACUGACUCUAGUCAGCAGUCAAAUUCAGACACUAAACUCUCAGGAAAAGAAGAAAUAUUGCGUGAUUCUGAAGAAGAUAAAACUUCUUCACCUAUGACAUCUACACAGACAACUUAUAGUCCUUCAGAUAUACAACCAGCAUUAGCUGUUUCAGAGGAAACAGAAUCUCAAAAGGCUUUGGCAGAGGUUACACAGAAGUUACCGAAUGAAGCAAUUUCAUCAGAUGAGCCUGGUUCUAUGUCUGUUACUCAGAAAGAAAACAGUUUGAUUUCUGCCACUACUCCUUCCAUUACUGAAGCAGUAACUGGUAAGUCAAUAAAUGUGUCUGCUGUUGCUGAAAAAGAAUCAAAGGUGGAGGAUGAGGUCAUCAGUUCUGAAACCUCUGAAAAAAUAAAACCAAAGGAAGAACCCAAGGAGGAUAGUAAUGUUUCAGCUGUUUCUAACAUACAGCCGCUAACUCAGGAUGUGGAGAAAUUUCCCCAUACAGCAUCUUCUGAAUUGCCUGAAAAAGCAGAAAAAGAAACAGAGCAAGUAGCCACAGACUCUGACACAGUACUGGCUGUGUCUGAGGGCCAACCACAAGCCUCAAAGGAAUCAGAAGCUGGACUUGAAAAGACAGAAUCAAAAGAAACUCCAGAAAGUAAAGAGUCAUUACCAAAAGAAGACACAGCAUCUGACAGCCAUACUCAACAACCUGCAGCUGCUGAGGAGCAAUCCAGCAAAGGUAUAUUCUCAAUAUUUGGUGGCUCGUCUUCUGCUCCUCAGACUCAGGGUGGCUCAUCCAUACUUGGUGGCAUUCUUCCUGGAUCCACAACGUCCAAGGAAACACCUGGCUCAGGUCUGUUUUCAGUGUUUAGUGGUUCUAGUUCUCCAUCAACCCCAGCGUCAUCUGCACCUAAAGAAAUGCCUGGAAAGGGGUUGUUUUCCAUGUUUGGUGGCGGUAGUGCUCAGCCACCACCUGAACCAUCACCACAUGGUCCACCAGGACCUGGCCCAAGGGGUCCACCGGGGUCUGCACCAAGAGGUCCACUAAUAACAGGCCCAAGAGGACCACCAGGAUUUGGACCCAGAGGUCCUCCAGGCUCUGGGCCUAGAGGGCCACCAGGAACUGGACCUAGAGGACCGCCAGGAACUGGGCCUCGAGGGCCACCAGGAACUGGGCCUAGAGGACCGCCAGGACCUGGGCCUAGAGGGCCACCAGGAACUGGGCCUAGAGGGCCACCUCCACCCAAAGAGCCUCAAGGGAAGAGUCUGUUUUCUAUGUUUGGUGGGCCUGCACCACAGGCAACACCUGCUGGGGGAGCUUCUUCCAAACCACCUGCUUCUGGAUCAUCAAUUCUUGGAGGCAUUUUACCUGGAUCGUCUGCACCGAAAGACAGUUCUGGGUCUGGUUUGUUUUCUAUGUUUGGGGCACCCACUACUCAGCCUUCCCCAGCUCAAACAGAAUCCGACAACAAAGAGCAGACAGGUAAAGGAUUAUUUUCUAUGUUUGGUGGGCCCAGUCCACCAGCAUCAUCUGAGCCAGAAAGUGGGUUUAAAAUGCCAACAGUUUUCUCGCUUGGCGGUGGUUCAGACAAACCGAAAUCCAGUGGGUUUAGUAUUUUGUCUUUCAUGGAUGAUAAGAAAUCAGAUGAACCUAUAUCUGAAGAUACAGCGACUCCAAAGGAUGAAUCCUCUAGUACCCAAAUUACUCCUUCUCCAGUGGGUGAUAAAAUUGAAGAUGUUACACCACAACAUGAGAAGACUGUAGAAGCUGGAGUAGAUCCUUCUAAUAUACCCACAUCUGAGAACAUUUCUUCAGUAAUCAAAGAAUCUUGUGAUGUAGAGACAGAAGAUUCUAAAAAAGCUGAAGAUAGAACCACAGAGACGACAGAACUUACUCAUACUGAAAUAACUACAAAACCAGAAAGUGAAGCUGAAGCAAGGCCUCCAUCAGAAGAACAGGCUCCAGGACUGGAAUCUUCCACAGUUGAAGUAACACCUGUGGUACAUAUGGACACAGAUGAAACUAAGAGUAAGGAAACUGAAGUAUCAGAACCUGAGAAAUAUUCAAGCUGUGAUUCAGCAAUAGAACCUAGUGCAGAAUUACAUCCUGACAAAGAAUUAGAAGUGGAGAAGCUAUCAGAAUCUGACAAACAUGCAGAGUCUGAGAUCAAAUCAGAGCCUGAAUCACAAAAGCCAAUUGAAUCAGAAGAACCUCUUAAAGCUGAACUUCAGGAAGUGGACAAAACUUUACCAGCUGACAAUGAUAAAGCAGCAGACAUUGAGAAACUAGAUGAAUCAAGAAAUGAAGAAGAAAUACAAAACCAGGGAGAGUCAGUGAAAAGUAGUGUCUCUAAGAUGAGUACAGAGGAAGUUCAUAGCCAGUUGCCUAAAAAUGAACCAUGCAAGGGUCUACUGGAUGACAAGCCAUCUGAAAUCAAACCACAAGAGGAAGGAGAAAAACAGCCAAGUGAACAAACAGUUGAAGCAGGUCAGAAAGCAGAGUCAGAGAAAGAUACCUCUGAAAAAGAUAAGGUGGCUGACCAUACAAAUGUGCUUGAAAACGAACCAUGUGAGGCUCUGCUGGAGGAGAAACCAACUGAAAUCAAACAGGAAGUUGAAACAGGCAAGCCUUUAACAGAACCUACAGUUCAAGCAGAUUCAGAGUCUGAGAAAGAAGCUGGUCAUCUGCUGGAGGAGAAACCAGCUGACACCAAACAAGAGAUAACAGGAACGCAGUUACAGGACACAACAGUUCCAUCAGGUUCAGAGCCACAGUCUUCUACUCCUAUUCAACAGCAACCACAUUCCACCCCAGAGAUUACAGGACCUCCUGGCCCUCACCCAGGAACUGUCUGUCCUCCAGGCCAACCUGGAAUAAGAAUGGCAGGGCCUCCUGGACAACCGAGACCUGGAAUGCAAGGGCCUAGACCUGGAAUGCCUGGACAACCGAGACCUGGAAUGCCUGGUCAACCAAGACCUGGAAUGCAAGGCCCUAGACCUGGGAUGCAAGGUCCAAGAGCUGGAAUGCCUGGACAACCUAGACCGAGGAUGACAGGACCUCAAAGACCCCCUGAGCCAGCUGGAUUUUCUGGAUUUAUGUCCAUGUUCUCAAGUGGACCAAGUGCUUCCAGUAAGCCAGCAACGUCAGGUUUCUUUUCAUCUCCAAACACUUCAUUCUUCAAGCCUUCUGCCCCUACUGGUCCUCAACAACAACAACAGAAGACCUCAUUUUUCAACCUCCCUACAAGCCUUCCUACUAGUCUCCCCACAGAAUCUCUGACAGGAGAUCUGCUUGGCUUAUUCAGGGGAACGGAAUCGGCUAAAUCAGACGAAAGCAAAUCUGCAGCAGAGGCGUGCAAGCCUGAGACUGAGAACAAAGAAGGAGCAAAAGACUCAAAUGAUCCAAGAAGUCCUGUUGAGAAGACAGGACCUGAAGCACCACUGUCACCUACAGAAAAACAGGAGCAAGAGCCGACUGAGAGUAGUGAACCUGUGAAAGACUCCGAAGAUCCUUCAUUGAAAUCUGCUGAGGUGGCAAAUGAUGGCACCAGUGAUAUCACAAGUGAGCCCACUAAAAAAGAAGAAUCAGAAGCAGGACAUUUAACUGAAGAGCCUCAAGCGAUCUCAAAAGAACCAGUGGAAGAAACUCCAAUGUCUCCAACAACAACCCAAAAGAUAGAUGAGGAGAAACUACCAACCUCCCCCCCAGCUAAGGGUAUGUUUGAUUUGCCCGGCUUGUCAACACCCUCUUUUGGAGGUCUGUUUUCAGGUGCAGCUGACACUGCAAAGCCGUUGAGUUCUCUUUUUGGUUCCUCCACCCCUGCUUCAUCAGAUGACUCAAAACCUCCCCAACAGCAGCCUGAAUCCGGGGGGCUCUUCUCUGGUUUUAAGGGUCUUUCGGCUGGUCUCUUCCAAGAGGAUAAGCCACCUGCCGCCAAAGUUGAACCUACAUCUGCUGUAUCAAUGUUUGGGAAGAAAAUCGGCUUCCCAUGGCAGAGCUCGCCGCCUCCUUCACCCCCUGCAGUUGUAACUACACAGCCCAAACCAGUAGAGUUGAAAAGUGAAGAUAAUGAUGAAGAAGCACCGGAAACGGAUAAGUUAUCGCAAGACUCAGACAUUACUGGGAGUGCAGAUUGCAGUGACACAGAGGGGCCGACGGACACCUCUUCAGAAAAGCAGCAAAGUUUUGAUAUGAGUCCAGAAAGUCCUUUAGUAUUAAAGCAAUACAGUUCUGGCACUGAUGAUGAAACACUAAAACCACCUCAGGUUGUUCCUCCUCCCGAAGAUAAGGACAAGGGUGCUACAGAUCACACCACGGGACAGCUACCAGAAAGCCAUCUGACAAAAGAGCUUGAAAAAAGCCCGGCAAACAGCUCACGAUUCGGGUCGUCCGGCAACCUCAGCCAGGCCAGCUCCCAGUUCAGCUCUGAAGCCGAGGAGAGGAGUGACCCAGACACCCGGUCUCGACCUCCCCUUAGAGCCCAGCAUAAGCUGCCCUCUGAAGAUGCAGAGAAAGGUGAGCGAGAGAUACGAGCGAGUGUGGAGAAGGAGAAGAAGGAGGAUGGGCUUCCCGCAAAACCAGUUCCUAAUCAAGGAAAGAAGUCUGAGAGCUUCUUUGAGGUCGGAUCUCUUCCCGUUGCUAUCCCCCGCCUCCGCUGGCUGAAAGCCAUCAGUAAAGUCCAGGUUCACCUGCACCAGACCGGAGUUUGGUAA